GUCAUGGGUGGUUUAUAGCCGGCUGUAGUAAUGUGCAAACUUUCGUGUAACUGACCAGAGCGACGUAACGCAGGUGUGAUAGGGCGCAAGUACAGGCGUGGGAUGACCCUGACAUAGUGGCUGGCUGCCGGUAUACCUAAUACUGCCGUUUAGUUCAUUGUUAUUACUUUCGGAACGUGACAAUGUCGCCGAUCAAAUUUCUCUCAAUUACGCAAAGAGUGUGCAGCCCUAUACCGUCACUACAAAAUUCGCCUCUUCUUCUGGCUGGAAGGUGUCAACACACUCACCCUUUGGCGGCAAAGGUGUUCAGUGUAUUUCGCGUUUACGAAGACGUCGUUGGCCUCACCGAAGUAAAAGCGGCACAGACGAAGGUGCUGGAGGCGGAACAGAAGUUUGUGGCGACGCAAGAGCAGCGUCGUGAGAAGCAGCAACGGAUUUUACAACUACAGAACCAGCUGAAAGAAAUCCACGCGGAGCUUGACAAAACGCACCGAGGAGAGGAUCGCUACCUCACCCUCAUAACACAGGAGCAUGCCGUCAUCAAAGAAGAGCGUGCUUUGCUUGAGCAGUUCAAGAAUUUGGAAAAAGCGGAGCGAGAUUACUUCGCUGCUCUUUCCUUGGCACUCCGGGAAAGCCACGAGAAAGAGCGUGCCCAGGGAGAGCGCACCAAAUACUGGUCCAUCAUCGGUUCUGUAUGUGGCGCUGUCAUAGGAAUUAUCGGGGCCACCAUCAACAACCGGAUACGUCUGAACCAGCUAAGGGACCUCGUGGAACGUUCAUCUAGCCAACCAGAGGUACAACGUUUAGUCUACAGCCUCUCUGACGAGUUCAAGCGCCACAGAGACCAGAUCGUAGAGUUUGUGUCUGACAUUCGAGAGCUGCUCGGUGUUGCGCCCGUAGUUGCUGCUGUGGAUCGUGGGACCAGGGCUGCCGCACUACCGGUAAUGAUGACCAAAGAUGAGGAUAAGGUUGCAGCCGAGUCGGACCUCGAACUUCAGAUGCGAGAAGUGGUGGUGCUCGUGAAGCAGCAGCGUCAAUUGCUAGAGAAGGAGACAAAAGAGAUUAAAGCACUGUUGGCAGCCGACAGGGCCUUGGAGGAAGCUGAAGGGGACGUCAGGAGAGCAGCGGUGUACAUUGGAGAAGACGUCAGAGACAUAGUGGCGGACUCACAGCGGCAGCUGGAGUGGAAAAUGAAGAUAAACUCGCUUGCCAUGGUGGCACUGGUGUAUGGAGCCCUUGCAGUGACUGUCCCACUGUUAGCGGCAUUUUUCAAGGGCUCCUGAUGGUGGUUAAAUAAUUAGUGAAUUGCGACCAAGUAGUGUAGUUGGUAGCAUUUUAUUGUUUAUUUCAAUAUGUGGAUGCAUUAAGAGGACCAGUGAAGAUUUCAUUAGUUAAUUGCUUUAGCAUUCAGCUUUAUAGUUCCUGCUAAGUGCCAUGCAGUGCCUCAAUAGCAGGAAAGUGUUCAUUGCAAGUAGUACCAAACCAAGAGGAAUAUUCCCCAGUUUUUUUUUUUUUUUUUUUUUUGUGCUCUCUUUAGUGCACUGUGAGCAUUGGCUUCCAUAUGAACGGACAUGCACCUUAGCUUUGUACAUGUUUUUUUUUUUUUUGCAGCUUUGUACUGUUCAUAGAAUAUGCCGUUUUCUGUCUAAUUAACUCAAUCUUUUGUUGUAAAUUAUAAGUUCAUACAAUUUUCAAAGCAAAUGAAAUGCCAUAUUUUAAGAUAAGAGUUUUGUUUAUUUGCUGGUCAUCUUGCCCAAAUAAAUGUUGGCUCGUGCACUCAAUCUAGGAGGACCCUGCACCAUGUGCACAACCACAAACAAUGCCCUGCAUGUGACAAUAUUUUCAUGUGUGUGCUUAUGCGGAUGAUACCAUGUUAACACCAAAGUUUCCCGUUAUAGUGCAUACGUAAGCAUUACAAAUAUGCAGAGUUUUAGCUGUGCACUAUCACAAACGGUACCCUGCAUAUGACCAUAUUUGCCAUGAAGAUGCUUUAGUGUGUGCAUAACCUAGAUAACGCCAGGUUGUUUAGAUUCUAAAGUUUAUAGUUAUCGUGCUCAUGUAAGCAUUAAAAAAAAAUUAGAGGACAUU